UUUUAAGAUUGAUGGAAAUGAUGAAGCAUUUCUUUACAUCGGGGACAGGUCAUAAAAAAUGUCUAAAUGUACAGGACUGCAUAUGGUUUUAGAAUGUGACUUUAUAAAGAAGGUGGAGAUCCCAACUCCCUUUCAUGUCUCUAUAUAUAUGUCCAAGUGUGUGUGUUUUAGUGCUCUGGGAAGUGUCUUGACAGAGAACCUGAGUAGGACAAAGCAGCCUGGAUCUGAGUGAGCUAACUGGCACCAUGAAAAUAUCAGGUGUCUUUCUGCUCCUCUCUCUGGCUCUUUUCUGCUUUUUCUCAGGUGUCUUCAGUCAAGGAGAAAAGGACAAAAGAGCCUGGAUCACAAGAUCAGAGGGUCGAAUGCCAGGGAAAGGUGGCUUGAGAAGGCGUCUCUUUAAAGUUGACUGUGCUGAGUUUGGGGAUCCCAAGGUCUACUGCACUCGGGAAUCUAAUCCCCACUGUGGCUCUGAUGGCCAGACAUAUGGCAAUAAAUGUUCCUUCUGUAAGGCGGUGGCGAAAAGUGGUGGGAAGAUCAACCUAAAGCGCUAUGGAACAUGCUGAAUUGGAAUCGGUGUUUGUGCUGAGCUGCCGGCUCUCUCGGCCUUCUUUUCUUGGUUCUGCUUUGAUUUUUCUCUAGCAGAAAGCUUAAAUUUAUAGAAACACACCUUCUCUGCCUGGGUCUUGGGGAAUUCAAUAUAUAAUAUUUUCCUUGAUUUGCUUAACAAUAAAAUAAAUUCUGCAGAA